AUGAUCUAAAAGCAUCAGAAGGGGAAGAGACGUGUGGAAAUAGAAGAGAAAGACGAUCAUGGCUUCGUUAAAUCUUGGCUUUAACGGGGCACGUAAAAAAGCAGCGGCGCGAAUCAGAACCGUAGAGAGGAGAAAUCUGAUCACUGUAUGCAGGUUUUCAGUGAAGACUCUCAUUGAUCGCUCCUGUUUUGAGACGAUAGACGACGCGUCUUCUGAGUUCAUCAACUUUGUCUCCAUUCUGGAACAUAUUCUGAGCCAUAGACUCAAAGGUCAGGUCAGUUGGUUUGGCUACGAGAGCCCUCGCAGUUUCUGGGAUUACAUACGUGUGGCGUGUAGUAAAGUCCCGCACAGCUGCAUCCACAGUAUUGAGAACAUGGAGAACGUCCGCAGCUCUAAAGCAAAGGGUCGUGCCUGGAUAAGAGUAGCGUUAAUGGAGAAGCGUUUGUCUGAAUACAUCUCUGCAGCUCUAAGAGACUUCAAAACUACCAGGAGGUUUUAUGAGGAGGGGGCGGUAGCUCUGGGGGAGGAGGCGGGGCUUCUGGCUGAUACUCUGAUUGGCCUAAAUGCCAUUGACUUCAGUUUCUGUCUGAAGGGGGAGGGGCUUGAUGAGAGCUGUCCUGUCGUCAUUGACUACACACCAUACCUUAAAUUCACACAAACGUCUGGCAGCAUCAGCAGUGAUGAGGAGGAAAUGAGAACACUGGGCAGCAGUGGCAGUGAAGCAGGCACUCCUGAAUCUCACAUGGCCGCCAGUCUGAUGGCUGAUCAGAGCAACUGGUACAGCAAGAGCAAACGACUAGAGCAGAAAUACAGAGUGGUGCUGGAACAAAAGGGUUAUCUGGAGGAGUUGGUGCGUUUGAGGGAAGCUCAGCUCUCUGAAUCGGUCUCUCAGAAUAAAUCUCUCCUGCAGCGACUCUCAGACAUUGAAAUCAGACACAAACUGGAAAAAGAGCAGCUGGAGAUCAUCAUACUGGAGCUACAGGAUCAACUAACGGUGUUGAAGAACCAUGACCUGCGCUCCAGACAGGAGCUCACCUCUCACCUGACAAAUCAGUGGCCCUCACCUGCUGCCUUGGAUACCAAUGCGGUUGCCUUAGAUACACUCCUGUACAGGAAACACACAGGACCGUGGGAGGAGAAGAGCUUCCAUAGUUUGGAGCAACUAUCUGCGGAUAUGAGUCUCUCUCAGAUGUCUCUUGAUCCUGUACAACAGAACACACAGAGUCUGGACAGCAAGGCAGGACUUACACACUGGCACAAAGAAGGAAAAGAAGAUACGCCUUCUCUGAGGGGUUUGUGUGGAUCAUUGACCUCAAUGGCCAGUUACAAAUCUCUGGCCAGUCUAAAGUCCAGUGAGUAUCUGGCCAGUCCAACAACAGACAUGACCAGCCCAGGACUCACUCCAUCCUGAACAUGUAGACAAGCAAGGCUUAUUUUAAGCAGACACAUUGAUGCAAACACAAACACCGUACUGCUUGAGAAACAAUGGUUUGGACUUUGAAUUGAGGUGAAGAAAUUGAAGACAAAGUAUAAGAUAAAAAAACUACCUAUCAGUACUGUCCUCAGAGCUUCUAAGAGACAUUACUGCCAGAUAAGAUGCCAACCCAGUUCUGUUCAGACUGGUUUUAGUUUAAUUUGAAGUGAAAUCUGUUCAAAUGUGAACAUUUUGUCAUUGUCAAGUCCAAAGCUAGUGUUCAUUUGUGUUUAUUGACUUCAUAACAUACAGACGAGUUUAAUGGAUUACAGUGAAUAACAAUCUUGACUCAGGACAUCAGUGAAUUUCAGCUAUUUAUGGAACUUCUUAGAUUUCACCAUCAAUUGACUGCUGUUUUUGCAAAGGUUUUUUGUUUACAUGUUGGUUUUAUUUUGUGCUUGAGGAAAUCUGGCUCUUAAAACUUUUUUUCAGUGGAAAUGAAGUUAAAACCAUCAGCUUGAACUAUAAAAAUGAGCACUUUUCCUGAACAUCAUACUCAAAAUAUUCAGGUCAUCUUUACAACCCAUUUUACUUCCACAAUUUAAAAUUUUGGGUGAGACUUUUUAUCCAUUAAAACUGGGUGUUACAUACCAGAAUGGAACCAGGCGAAAGGAGGGGAGGGGUUUAAAAUGUAAAGAGGAUUCGUUAUGUCAGUGAAAAGUAACAUUGUUUCAGAGGUGGAGCAGGUUAUUAUUACAUUUUUGUACAGAUUUGUUACUAAAUAGGGUCAAUGUUGAUUUCAAGUUGAUUUUAAAGUUCACCACAGAUGGAGCCCAGAUAACAUUUAAUUUUACCUGAUUAUGAAAGAGACAACAGUGUUCAACAACAAAUAUUGCUUGGAUCAGCUUUAGUCUUUUACCUGCUUAAAGGGAUAGUUCACCCAAAAAUGAAAAUUCUCUCAUUGUUUACUGACCCUAAUGCCAUCCUAGAUGAGUAUUUCAGCUCUUUAAGUCCAUACAAUGCAAGUGAAUGGUCGCCUGAACUUUGAAUGUCCAUAAAUCACAUAAAGGUGGCAUAAAAGUAACCCAUAAGAUUCCAGUGGUUUAAUCCAUGUCUUCAGAAGCGAUAUGACAGGUGUGGGUGUGAAACAACAAUAUUUAAGUCCUUUUUCCCCCCAUAAAUCUCCUCUUUCACUUCCACAUUCUUCUUCUUCGUUUUUGGCAAUUCACAUUCCUCUUGCAUAUCGCCACUUACUGGAAAGGGAGAAGAAUAUAUAGUUAAACAAACUACUUAAAUAUUGAUCUGUUUCUCACCCACACCUAUCAUAUUGCUUCUGAAGACAUGGAUUUAAACUCUGGAGUGGGAUGGAUUACUUUUACUCUGCAUUUAUUUGCUUUAUGGACCUUCAAAUUUCUGGUCACCAUUAACUUGCAUUAUAUGGACCUACAGAGCUGAGACAUUCUUCUAAAAAUCUUCAAUUGUGUUCUGCAGAAGAAAGUAAUUCACUUCUGUGAUGGCAUGAGGGUGAGUAAAUGAUGAGAGAAUUUUCAUUUUUGGGUGAACUAUCCCUUUCAAAUAUAUAUUUUCUUACACAUUUUUCUGGAAUGUAUUAUGUAGAUGUUAUUACAAAGAUUUUUUUUCCCAGUUUGAGAUUCACCCUGUCCUUACAGAAAGCGGUCCAUUCUUACAUGGAGUGAUAAAUAUGAAUUCUAAUUAACAUAUUUAAGCAGAACUGAGAGCCCAUUUUUAUUCAAAACGGAAGGUUAGGAUUUAGAAUGAAUUUGGAAAAGUUGUUCCUUAAGACUUCAUCGACUUCCUUAAAACAAUCACUCCUAAUACUCACUGCUGAUAAUUACAAAAACAUUUUGCUAUGUGAUUUAUUAACAAUUAUUAAGACAUCAGUUUCAUGAGACAUGCCAGACCAUGAGCAGUAUAUUAAAAAACUUUAACAUAUUAAGAAUAGUGUAUUACUCCGUAGCAUCUCCAGACUAUGUAACAGAAAUUCUAGGGAAACACAAUUUUGUAUGCUGAAUUCCCUCUGUUGCAGCACAUCUUAAAUGGUCUUGCAGGCUCAUUCUGUAUGUUGCCUUGCUGAACAUCAGUGUUUUUAGCGUUUAAGAAUCUCCCAUCUGCAGAGCAUGUUUUCUGCUGUUCAGAGCUAGAUGUGACGUCUGUUCAGACACCAGUACAUAUCAGUGUGCUUUAUAUCAAAGUUGUUUUAGAUUUUUACAGUACUGUCUGAUCUACGUAUAAUGUGCAAUUCAAAUAAUUGUAUGUGCAUAGUGGAAUGCAGGAAAUACCGUAAAGUACAUAGUUAAGAAUUAAUCAAGAGUUACUUUUUCUUCUGAAUGUGUUUAUUUGUUUCUGACACUCAGGUCAGAGUUUUAGCCUUUAUUUUUUAAGAGAUGUUAUGCCUUUACUGACAUUUUUGAAUGUAUUCUUUCUGUCUCAGGCUUUUAAGUCACAUUUGAUGAUUAUGCCUUUGUUUCUUUGUCUGUUUUUUACAUUUGUUCAGUUGCAGUGUAACCGAAAUGAAUGGGGUGAGGAUAAUGAUGGCAUACUAAGAUGAAUAUCAUAUAUUCAUUAUAAUUUAGCCUCAAUAUGUUCCGUUAUAUUUAUUUUUAUGUCCUCGUCUAUGAUCAGGUUUGUUAGUUUUUUCCAAUAAAUUAAUAUGUGAAGUAUAUCUUGGUGUUGAUUUUGUCUCAUUUGCUUUGGUUUAAGUUACACUGGCUAUGUUUGGAAUGCAAUU